AUGGAACGGCAGAAUAGGAACGCUCCAAGCGAUAACUCGUCAUACCCGUGCAGGAGCUUCAAGGUAGGAUUUUGUUAUUCUCUCUUCUUGCCGUAGCUCAUUUAAAAUUUAUUUCACUUAAUCAAAGACUUGGUACAAGGUUUUUCGAAUAUUCCUUGAAGGAAGUUGUGUUUCAAGGUGUUAUCUUCAGAAUGGAUACAGAAAUGGACCGCCUCAAGGCCGACCAUAUAAUAUGAAUGCCUUCAAUGGAGAUUUGUCUCAUUCUCCCGAUUCUGGUGCGAAACUUCAUAAAAUGAAGCGUUCAUUGAAAUAUAUUCAGGAAACUUUUUUCGAUUCUCUCCUCCGACGGAUAUGAAUGAAGGACGUUUUCCAAAGCCGUUGUAUGGAAUGUAUUCUUCUCCAUUGAUAUCUCAAAACGACAUCAAUUUGAUAAACGAGCAAUUCAUGGUUUCAUAAAAUUUUAAAUACUUGAUCUUAUUUUUUUUUAGAAUAUGAAUACAAAUUCCUCACCCAGAGAUUACGGUCACAUGCGUAAUAAUCCAGUUAACGGCUUCAUGAACAACGCUCAUCGCAAUUUACUUUCGUCCGACAGCUAUUCUAGUCAAAAUUCACGCAAAAGCUCGUCGACCCGUGUCCAUUCUAACCGUUCCGACUUCACAAGUGAUUAUUCAUCGUCUAACUACUCUAUGAACUCAAAUAGCAUGUCGCAUGCGCGGUAGGCUGACGUAUUUAUUCUUUGAAGGAACCUCCGUUCAGACCCAACAGUCGACAAUGUUUGCUGCCUUCUUGGGCGCUCGAUUCUCAUGGAAAUUUGGACUCUGGAGUUACCGUUCGAAUGGUGAUUGAAAGAGGCGAUCUCGUCAAGUUUGCGAUGGACAAAGCUGGUUGCCAGUAAGUUUUUUUUUCGAUUCGAAAAUUUUCUCAUCAUGCACGUUGCAGUUUGCUUCAAGAGAAUUUCAACCUCGAAGACUUUAUCAAGAACGACAAAUACGACGUUGUGCGAGAGCGCGUCUUCAAAGACGUUAUUGAAGAUUGCCACGUUUUCCUGGUUUCAUUUUUUUCCUUCUAUCUUUAUAUUUGUUUUUAUUCAAGAACCUUUGCACCAACAUGUUCGGCAACUUUUUCGUCCAGCGAAUCGUCGAGAAAUCUUAUCCGAAUUCGAUUGAACAGCAGAUGAUCAGAAACCACUUGGCCAGCGAUUUGCCUAGACUUUGUCUUGACAAGUGUGCGUGUCGCGUUGUGCAAAUUGCUCUUGAGGUCUUUUUCUUUCUUCUUUUCGAAGCUGUUUCAAGUCCAAGUUUAGUUUUAAUUUUCUAUUUGAAAAGUCUCAGUGAAUUAUACUCCACUAACUGCUUGAAAAAAAAAAAUUACAUUCCAAGGACUGAAAUUGAACAAUUGAAGACUUUUUAUUCAAUGAAAUUGUCUUUAGAAGUUGGAUCCGGCUCUUUCUUCUUCUUUGGUGGAUUAUCUUCCUCGUGACGAUCGUAUCAUUAAGAUAUGCACGGAUCAAAAUGCGAACCACGUCAUUCAAAAAGUGAAAAAAAUAUACAAAAAAGAUAAUAAUAAUAUCCUCAUUCCCAGGUCCUGAAAACGAUGCCACUGAAAAAAUGGGAGUUUCUCGUGGAUUUUUUCGCGCGUUCCGAUCGGGACAAUUUGAUGAGAAUUUGUCAGGAUAAAUACGGCUGCCGUGUUGUGCAAACCAUGCUCGAAAUGAUGACUCCGCCUGAAAACCAACAUGUUUUUCUGUUCAAAAGUUAUAUUUCGAUUUCAAAAGGUUCAGGUUGGCGAUCACACGCGUCUCCUGCACAAGUUGAUGGGGGCUAUCGUCGCCAAGUGCCAUCAGUUGGCUUCCAAUGAAUUCGCCAACUACGUUGUGCAGCACAUUCUCAGCGGCUCUGGCAGUUUGGCCGAUUUCCGAAUCAUGAUCAUUGACAAGUGUUUGCUGUAAGUACCAAUAUGUCUAUGCCAGUGGAUUUUUGAAUAGAGCGAUGAAUUUUAUUUCUUCCGAAAGAAAUUUACAAUGUAGUGAUGAAUAAGUUAGCUACGAAAAAUUUAGAAUUUGUAGAGACUCUAAUCCUUAUUUUUUAUAUUAAAAAAAAUUGAAACUUACUUUUUUCAGUCGCAACCUGCUGUCCAUGUCCCAAGAAAAGUAUGCGUCGCAUGUGAUUGAGAAAGCUUUCCGCUACGCGCCUCCAAAACUGCUCAUUGAGAUGUUUGAUGAGAUUUUCGACGGUUAUGUACCGCAUCCGUAUGUUUAAUUUUUUUUUUCAAAGAUGAUUUCAUUUAAUUUUAUUUCAUGAUUAUAAGCUUUCAGAGAAUCUGGCAAAGAUGCUCUCGACAUUUUGCUUUUCCACCAGUUUGGCAACUAUGUCAUACAGCGGAUGCUGGAUAUCUGUCGCGAAGUUGUUAUCGGAAAAAGGUUACCAAUUUUUGGAUCUUCUUACAUAUUUUUUUUGUUUUCCAGGGUUUAUUCGCAAGUUUACACCGCCAAGUUCACUCAGUGGAUGUCGCGUAUGGGUUACCGUGUUUCUCGUGAACAGAAUAGACUUGCUCGGUUUUUUCCCUACCAAAAUAUAUAUCUUUACCUUUUUUUGCAGAUUUUCAUCAGGAAAAAAAAUCAUCGACAUCCUGAACAGCCUUGAGCUUCGUAAUCCGGUUCGAGAUGAUCUCUUCCUCGCAAGUCUUCCUGGGUCUCCCGGCAACACUUUGGACCAGUCUGUCACUGAAAAUGGAAGCUGGAAUCGCUCGCCACCGUUCUCGGCUUCGUUGCAUGAUUACCAAGGACAUUUCGACUUCAAUUAUGGCCGUUAA